AUAAAAUGUAGUAUACAAUAGUAUUUGUGAUUUUUGAAAUAUUCUUUGUCGCAACUCAACAGUGCAAUGAAAAUAAUGCAAUAUUUAGCUAUGUGUUUAAAGCAAAUAUCCCUAACAGUUAGAAUAAAGAAUGGAAUUAUGAGAAUAUAGGAGGUUUUAAUUAAUAAUAUAAUAAUAGCAUUUGAAUAAUGUAAUUAGGGAGUGACAACAGAUGCAAAGAAUUUCGAUGUUUCUUAGGUGAGUUUACUAAAUUCAAAGAUCAGUUUAGAUGUUGAAGAGUUUAUUUAAUUAGCGAUGAAUAGUACUUCAGGUCCAUAUGCCUAAUACAAAACAGACUAAAUAAAGUUGACAUUUUAGGGAAUUGAGAAUAUAGCAAGAUAUCAAUCUGUUUAUUUUACAAUUAGACCUGCAGAACAUAAUUUUGAUUUUUGGUCGUAAGUUCCUGAUGCUGAAAUUCAAGUGUAUUUCAUUUAGGAUUAAAUAUACUAAUAAUGUUAAAGUGAACCACUUUAUACUAUUUUAUCAAUACCAAUUUAUGCCUUAUAAGAGACAUAGAAUAUUAGAUAUUCAAUAAAUAUAAAUGUUACAAAAAAUUCAGAGGUAAUUACUAAUUUCAAUUUCAAAUAAAAUAUACUCGGAACUUAUGAUUCAGAUAUGACUAGUUUUGUAUCUUAUAAAGCACCACUUAAUAUUCCGUAAUGAUUUAAGUCAUAUAAUAUCAUAGACCAUGUGAAAUUACAAAUUGGUUUGUUUUGACAUAGCCAUAAUUCAUUAAAGUUUAAUUGUUGUAGACUUUAUUAGGAUUUAAUACAUAGAGUAAUAUGUAAAGAACUUAAUUAUAAGGAGAAUAUGUUAAUUUCAUUAAAGGAGUAUUAUUGUUUUAUAAUAAAUUUUAGAGAUUUAUUUAUGAAGGUUAAGAUAAUUUAAAGGAUUAUGAUGAUACUGUUGAAUGGGCUGCUACAUGGGUAGCUUCUAUUAUUCCAUGUUUAUUUUUUGCAUUGAUAGUUUGUGUAUAUGGACAAUAUGAAAUUUCUAAUAUUGGAAGAUUUAGGAGAUAAGAAAUUAAAUAUCAUGAAGGUGUUGAAUAAGAAGCUUUACAUUAAGAUGAUGCAAUAGAAAAGAAAUUAGCAUGA